CGCAGCAUGUAAGGAGAGUUUGCGUUGGAGUUCUCGGAAAUUGCCUCUUGUUCAUCAACAGGUGGCUAUAAGAACAAGAUAGCUGUGGUUUCUUGUCCGCUGGCCUGGUCUCUAAGACACGACGGGUAUUUCUCCUUUUGUUAGACUGUUGCCUCGCGGCGCGUCACGCUUCUCAUCAUAAUACUGAACCUUGCCUUGCCUGAUUAACUUGACGCUUCUGUCCAACAAGAUUCAGCGAGCCGGUGUAAUUCAAGAAAGUACAUCCACUUGUCAAAAUGGAGUCAUACGCAAAAACAAGACCAUCUCUCACGCUUUCCUCAUCAGCCAUGGACCUUGACACAGAUCGGAGAACACCAUCGCCCGUGCCCUCACUAGGCUAUGAUGCCCUCAACACACCCACAGCCGAGAUGCUCACACCGCCAGCUUUUGCUUCAACGUUCUCGCUGCCCAUAAAUGCCGCCAAGAACAUAUCCCUCGGUACCAAUGCUUCUCCAAGAAUUGCAAACGACAACGACUUGCUGCCUUCUUCGCUGCCUCAAACCGAAACAUGUGGAAGCGAGAGACCAGAUAUGUCUUGCAUGGGAGGGACUCCGGACUUUCUCCUCCUGUACUGCUUCGACUUGGACAGAGCGGUAAACUUUUACUCGCGUUGCUUCGGCUGGAAGUUCUUUGGGGAUGUGAACGCCCAACAGUCUGAUGAUCCAUAUAUGAGGCAAUGGGGAUCUUCACACUUUGACGUACAGCCCAUGAACUUCUUCAACUCAAGCCAGAGCGGAGGAUCUCGCAUCACAGGAGCCUUGAUGCAAGUGAGAGACACGGGAGACAGCCGUGCUCAGCUCGAAUACAAGCGACAGAUAGCCAUGGCACGCGGUGUAACACCAGCAUGCCACAUCCGAGUGGCUGAUCUUAGUAUUGCCGAGACGUUGAUCGAGAAUAACUACGGCGAGAUCAAGCAGCUGCGAUACGGCGUUCGACAAUGCAUCAUGGAUAUUGGAGAGUUUGUUGACCCUGAGGGAAACUUGAUCGGACUGGUAUCUCUUCACCCAGAGAAUGCCACUACUGCUAUGUAACGUGGAUUUUCGAGUUGAAUGGGAAAUGGUUAUUGUGGAGGAUAAAGGAAUACCCGAUGGUUCAUUUUUCAUUCUUCCGCUCAUGCGAGCGUCCAAUGUUUUAGGGAACUGCCACGGAUCUGCCUAGAGAGCUAAUGAUGGCAUUUGGAGUUUGGAGUUUUGCGUCCAGAAUAUCAUGGACACUUGGCGUUGUGUUGCAGAUGAGAAGAAGGGAGGGAGUGUUGAUAACCCCAUGCUUCUAGCUCAGCUUAUUUAGUACCUAAUUUGGAAGUGAAUUAGAGUCCAUAGCCGACCUCGGAUCGGAAAGCAACCGGGUCGGAAAUCUAGGAUACGCUCUGUAGUCACAACAAUUACUACUAAUACACAUAAUCACCAAUGAAUAAAACGGUGACUGAACCCCGA